AUGGCUUCUUCGGAUGUACCUCUGCACAGCGAGAUCACGAAGGAGCAGUUCGCGUCGUGUCUAAGUCAAUACCCGGCCGUCGUGGAGGCGAUAUCCCGGUCCAAAGGCGCCAAGGAUGGACAAAGGACGCUCUCUGAGCUGGACCAGUAUCGCUACGUGGAGGCCGUGGAGACGUUUGGUCUGAAGAAGCAGAAGCGGGAGAUGCAGCUUGAUGAUGUCAAGACGCUCGUCGAGUGGAAGCUACGCCACGGCAAGUUCCGGCCCACGCUCAUGUCCCUCGUCUCCUCCAACCCCCCCGCAUCCUCCGCCCAAACAAUCCAAUUUGCCGUCAAAUUCUACGCGGGCUCCAAAGACGCCGGCAGCGCCGUCAGGAUGCUCUCCGAGCUCAAGGGCGUCGGCCCCGCCACCGCGUCCCUCCUGCUCUCCGUCCACGACGCCGACAACGUCCUCUUCUUCUCGGACGAGGCGUACUACUGGCUGUGCUGCGGGGGCAAGAAGGAGGCCAUCAAGUAUACGCCCAAGGAGUAUCUCGCUCUGCGGACGGAGGCGGAUGUGCUUAUGAAGAGGCUUGGCGUGUCGGCGGUGGACGUUGAGAAGGUGGCGUAUGUGCUGAUGAAGCAGCCGGAGACGACGAAGGGUUCCAAGGCAGAUGCGGCGGUGGAGGCUACAGGGCCGGCCAAGGCAGCGACUCCUUCUACCUCGUCGUCGUCGAAGAAGAGGAAGACGGCAGCUAAUGAAGGGAGUGAAGGGAAGGAAAAGAAGGCAGGGGUGGCAGCCGCAAAGAAGGAUUCGAUUGAGGAGCAUACGGACUUGAGACGCUCGAAGAGGUUGAGAAAGUGA